AUGAUCAGUCGCUACAAGCCAAAAGAGGCGUGCGUGAGAAUACACCUCCCCCGAAAAGUGGGUGGACUCCUCGACAUCAAGGCAGCCAGCCUGUGCACUGCACUGGAAGCUCGCUUGGUAUUCUUUUCCUCAUACGUAUUCGAACUCAACGCCAUUCUUCCGAGCAUAACGCACUGCAUCAUCGGACGGUCGAGAAAAGAUCCAAUGAUCGAUAUCCGACCAUACAUUCGCAACGUUGUGCUCGAGAUCAGUAGUAGUAAGGAAGACGAAGCCAAUUUCGUUCCCAAGGAAGGGAAGUAUGAGGUAAGCACAGAGGCCGACGAAGAAGUCGCCGCAAUCGCAAAAGCCGAGUUUCUCUCUCGAAUCGAAUACGUGAAGCCCAUGACGGUUUACACACCCCCGUGUGACGAGUUCAACCUCCCCAUAAAUAGGACCGCCCAGCUCCUCUUCCGCCGCCUCGGUAAACUCGCUCAGUACCCAAAUCUCACCACCCUCACUAUCACCCCUUACAACCAACCACCUCUUCUACAUUAUCUGAAGUUCGAACGACCAGAGCAGGCACCAUCACCAGUGCCCUACCUAGGCAUCUAUUUUCACCCCAUCGCUCAUGCCAUCUUGAGCGACUUCGCCAUUCUCACGCGGCCGCUAGCUGAGAAGCUGGGCCAAAAUCUGCAGUUUAAGAUGAGGAUCGGAUGCUUGGGGUCCGCGGUCAACAAGAACAAUGUAAAAUUCAUCCCCGGCUCCUAUCACAAGUUGGUGAUGGAGGGAGGACAUAAGAAAUUGCUGGCAAUGGUGAAGUUCUUGUGGGAGGGAAAUAUGCCGUAUUUGUGUCAUUUGGGCACGGGGGAUUAUGGAGAUCAGGAGGAAAAGUGGGAUAAGUAUAUGAGGAAGGAGAUGGAGGGGGAGGAGACUGAGGAUGAGGAUGAGGAUGAUGAAGAUGGUGACGGGGAGGAUGAUGAGGAAGACGAAGAAGACGAUGAGGAAGAUGAUGAAAAAGACGAUGAUACCAUGGAUGUGAACGAGGCCUCAGUAUUUGAGGCUUCACUAGUCUGUUGGAGCUGA